CUGUAAUCCCAGCACGUGGAAGACGGAGGCAGGAGGAUUUGUAACUCAAAGUCCUCCUUUUCUAUAUAGAGUGCGAGGCCAGCCUGGGCUAAGGGAGAGGAUGUGUCAAAAAUAAAUAAAUGUAAAAUAACACCCAAACAAAAGACCGGCAGAACUUAAGACCAUCUUUCUAGGCCUAAAGAACCUUACUGACGGUACAGGUGCCCCACGGGGGCAAGCAGCCUGAUCUCCCGACAUCUAAAACAACUUACUGAGGGCCAGCGCUCUCCAAAUCACAUACAUAGUGGAGUCACAAGCCCAUCAAAUGCCGGAACUCCUCUCGAGGACACCAAAGCCCCCACGCCGAUCCUGCCAGAGAACUACAUUUCCCAUGAUUCAAAUCGGUCGAACCCUGCCCUCGAAAGCCGGUGGAGGCGGAGCCUGUCGCCCCCGGCACAACAACGGUGUCCGGAGUAUUCUGUCCUCUGUUCACGGGGGUAUGGGUCUGUAAGAAAGAGACGGGUGUCCCCAGUGAGGGAGGCCGCCUGUCGCAGUGAAGUGCGAUGCAAGGCUCCGCAGUGUAGCGCGGCAGAGGGGCCAGUGUCCGGCGGCAAGGCCGGGCGGAGGGGCCCCGAGCCACCGAGCCCCCGUCGGGUCUGUGGAGAUCACAGUUAGGGAAAAUUCCAGAUUCAAUGAUGAUAAGCACAGCAGGCGUGAAGAUGGCUGGGAUCUUAAGACUGCAUCUAAUAAGUUCGUCAUUGAUUCCUCACGGGGUAAGAAUGCUUUCAGAUCCUGGAUGUAGGAUGAUGUCAACCCACACAUCCAAGAAGAAGAUCAGAGAAUACUACAGCCUGCUGAAUCUAAAGGAAGGCUGCUCUGCUGAUGAUGUCAGGGAGGCUUUCCGUAAGCUUGCCAAGCAGUACCACCCAGACAGCAGCUCUAACCACGCUGAUUCGGCAACAUUCAUAAAGAUUGAGGAGGCUUAUAGGAACCUGCUCUGCCAUGUGCUAAAACAAACAGAUGCUAGACAGACUAAAGCUGAAGACGCAGAAGAAGAGGAACAAUUCAGAUAUAAUACACCUCAGCACCGACACUAUUUAAGCUUCGAAGGCGUUGGCUUCGGCACUCCCAGUCAGCGAGAGAAACAGUACCGACAGUUUCGGGCAGACCGUGCAACAGAGCAGGUGAUGGAAUACCAAAGGCAAAAGCUUCAGCGGGAGCACUUUGCUCAUAGCUUAACUGUCAAAGAUGUAAGACAGAGCAAAGAACAGAAGAUAACUCAAGCCAUAGAGCGCCUAGUGGAGGACCUCAUCCAGGAAUCAAUGGCAAAAGGAGACUUUGACAAUCUCAGUGGGAAAGGAAAACCUCUGAAGAAGUUUGCUGGCUGUUCGUAUAUUGAUCCCAUGACUCAUAACCUGAACAGAAUAUUGAUAGAUAAUGGGUACCAACCGGAGUGGAUUCUGAUGCAGAAGGAGAUUAAGGACACUAUCGAGCAACUUCGAGAAGCACUUUUAGGGUAUAGGAAGACGUUUGGGAACCCUCUGACAACAGGGGAACAGAAACAGUGGAACCAAGUGUGUGAGAAGUUUCAAGAAAACAUCCAAAAGCUAAACAAGCGAAUUAGUGAUUUCAACUUGAUUGUUCCUAUUCUGACCAGGCAGAAAGUCCAUUUUGAUGCACAGAAAGAAAUCAUCAGAGUCGAGAAAAUGUAUGAGGCCCUCUUAGAAGCAAAAGAAAUCACAGAUAGAAGCCCAACUGACAUUAGCCAGGAAGAAGAAGAGAAAACGCCCAGAGUCAAGGCAGGCUUUCUAAACUGGUUGAAUCUGUGGAAAUUUAUUAAAAUAUAACUAUUUUGACAUUCAUGAUCAUUUACUGCUCUGGUCAGUUUUGAGUUGCUCUGACACCAGGCAGAACCUGAGAUUGAUUGUUGUGUUCCAGCGACUUGAGAGAUCUGUGCCUUUGUAGUUGCUAAUCACACACACACACACACACUCGUGAGAAAAUUCAGUCAGUAUUGCUGUAAGGAUGUCGUGAGUAAGAAAUACUAUUGCUGAAGGAAACAGGCUAAUCCAUGCCAGACUUCAGGUGAUGGGUCCUAGGGCUAAGACCCAUGACCCACACAGGGCAUUCCAGAAAUCUUAGUGCUCUUUCAAAUGCCAAGAACAGAAAGAUAGUUGUUUGACAUUUCUAAACAUAGGUGUUUAAGCAAAAAAACAAAAAGCUAUAUUUUUAAAACACUAAACUGAGGAUGUUGUAAUGAGAUUUAGUCAACUAAAGGCUCCAAAUAUAUAUAUAUAUAUAUGAGGGAAGGAAGGAUAGGGGGAGGCAAAGAAGGAAGGAAGAAGGCUGGCCCAGUGGUUAAGAGUGCUGGUUCCUUGCUGCUCCUCCAGAGGAACAGAGUUCAAUUCCCGGGACCCAUACCAGGUGGCUCACAACUGCCUGGAACUCCAGCUUCAGGGAUCCAGUGACUUCUUCAGGCCUCUGUAGACAUCUGCAUGCACACACACGUAAAUAAUAAGUUAAAAAUCUCCAGACUAAGGUUCCAGGUGUGGUGGCACAUGCCUUUAAUCCCAGCACUUUUGGGAGGCAGAGGCAGGCAGGUCUCUGAAUUUGAGGUCAUCCUGGUCUAUGAAGCAAGUCCAGGACAGUCAGGGUUUUGUUACACAGAGAAACCCUGCCUUAAAAAACAAACAAAAAUCUCCAGACAACAGGUAAUUCUUGCUAUCUUAUAUUCCUGAGUUUAUUAAAGCUCCAAAUUCAAAAGUAUUUUGGAACGUCUGCUGGGUGGAGGAAAACUGAAGUUCGGGAAUUAGUCUGCUGGGAUUCCUGCACUUGCACUGCAGAAACUAGACAAAGGAAAGCAGUAAGCAAAUAGGUAGGCUAACGGCAAGAUCCAUUCCUACAGAAGUCAGUCAGUUAAGCGAGUUGAUUUAAAAGUUCUAAAUUAGGGUUCUUUUUUUUUUUUAAGAUUUAUUUAUUAUGUAUACAAUAUUCUGUCUGCAUGUAUGCCUGCACGCCAGAAGAGGGCACCAGAUCUCUUUAUAGAUGGUUAUAAGCCACCGUGUGGUUGCUGGGAAUUGAACUCAGGACCUUUGGAAGAACAGCCACUGCUCUUAACCUCUGAGCCAUGUCUCCAACCCCCCUAAAAUUAGGUUUCAAUGCUAAAGACUUUGAAUAUAUUUUUGUAACUUUUAGAGGGGGUGAAAAUCCCUGAAAACAAUGCAAAGGUAAGAGUUCACUUCCAGUUUCUUCUUUGAUCACAAGUUGAAAUGCUAGGUUUCGGACUUUCAACAACAUUCAGAGCCCUAACUUCUGUUUUAGGGGCCCAACUUUCUGUCUUGGGGACCCUUUGAUAGUUUGUCUAAGAUGAGGUAUCUCAGGUUUGUCCCUUGGCAUCUUCAGAAAAUGACAGGAGACAAGUUGAUGGGAGUGCUCCUGCCUCCUUUCAGAACCAGGGCUCAGGCUUGGCUGCUUGCUUUGGGCACAGAACUAGGUACCUGAAAUGAAGUCGAGGAGGGCAGAAAGGAACCAAUCAUUUCCAGAAAGCACUGUUGAGAUGGGUUUCAGGGAAAUGGCUCCUGACAAUGACUGGGGUCCAACGAGUUGUUUUGUAAAGUAUGUGAUGGUUAAAACAACAAAGAAACCUCCAUCCUCAAAAGGAAGUCGGAGCCUUUCUGCUUCCAUGAUUGAGCAUUAGUUGGCACAAUAAAUUAUUUUUUUAAGUUAGAUUGAGUUAUCUGGCUUCCGCAGUGAUGGUCCUGUAUUACUAUACAUGAAAUUGUCAACAGCAUGGACUAUGGCUUUGUGAUAAGAGCUAUGAUUCAAACAUUUCAGAAGCCUAUUUUUCUGUGACUCUUGUUUGUUUGUUUGUUUGUUUGUUUGUUUGUUUUAAAAAAAGGAAUUUGGAGCAAACAUGAAUGAAAUAAUUUUCAGUAUUGUAUAUGAGAAGGUGAGAUUACCAAAAACUAUUAAUUUUAGCACCAUUCACUUUAUGUUUGCAAAUGUCUGCAUUAAUAAAAUUACCUUAAUGAUUA